CCUCAAGCGUUCACCGCUGGGGUCCGCGUCCCCAUUAGGUGGUAGAUAAAAACGGAAUAACAAACAGUGAUUUGUCCGGUUAAAUAAUAACCGCCUGUACUUUAGGGGGCAGUAUAACCCUAGGUUAUUUAGCUGGAAAGAAGAAGGACACACAAAAUGGCGGCGGUCAGUUAGCAUGUGUUAGCGUGAUAGCACCCGCUGCGUGUUUAAUAUCGUUAAACGUUGAUAAUAUUUGUUAAAGUUAAACAAACUUAGGAGAGUGACCGCCAUGACUGGAGCGGGCAUUGUCACGUGUUUCCCGCUACUGCUGGCCCGCGCCCAACGCUGCUAUUGUCGAUGGAUGCUGCGCCAUAGUUCUUACGUGCUGCCACCAGAGGGAGUCACCUAUAAUCAACACAACUCGAUGAGACCCUCAACAACGUCUGUCGGCUGCCACAAACUCUUGCUGCCACCUGCUGGAGUGACCGUGACCAGAACUUUUGCGUGCUCGGUUGUCUGUUUGAAGAAAACGAACGUGUUUGAUGGGGGAGCCCCGACAGGGGGCGACACUGAGGAGGACGACGCGAUUGAUGACCAUGAGGUUGAGGAGCUUUUCCAAGAAGUGCAGUUCCCAGCAGCCGCCGCAGUGGGGCAGCAAAAAGUUUUCAUUGUCCAGCCAGAUGUGAAGUGGAGCAGAAGGAAGCAGCAGCAGACCACGGCAGAGCUGAUGAUGGAUGAAGCCGUGGCUCUGGUCCACACUCUGGACCACUGGAGGGUGGUGGAAAAGGUCGCCGUCUCCACCAAAACACCAGAAAAGAAGAGGAUCUUUGGCAAAGGAAACUUCCAACUACUGUCAGAGAAGAUCCGUCAGACGUCAGGAGUCACCGUCGUGUUGGUCAACGUGGAUCGUCUGUCUGCAGCGUCUCAGAAUAAGUAUAUAUAAGUGUGGGGCGUCAGAGUCCUGGACCGGUACUCACUGGUUCUCCACAUCUUCAGGACCAAUGCCAGAACCAGAGAAGCCAAGUUACAGAUCUCUCUGGCUGAGAUUCCUCUGCUGAGGUCACGUUUAAAAAAUGAGUUUGCGGACAUGGACCAGCAGGGCAGCGGGGCCAGGUACAUCGGAGGUUCAGGUGAGACGCUGUGGGAGGUCCAGCAACGUCUGCUGAAGGAGAGAGAGAUGAAGAUCCGCUCGGCCUUGGAGAAACUGAAGAGGAAGAGGAAACUGCUGAGGUCACGGCGCCAACGAUGUCACUUUCCUGUGGUUUCAGUGCUGGGAUACACCAACUGCGGAAAAACCACUUUGAUAAAAGCUCUGACCGGAGACGCCGUCCUCCAGCCCAAAGACCAGCUCUUCGCCACCCUGGAUGUCACCGUGCAUGCUGGUCAGCUGCCCAGUCACAUGACCGUCCUGUACGUGGACACUAUUGGCUUCCUGUCACAACUGCCGCAUCAGCUGAUCGACUCCUUCUCUGCUACUCUGGAGGACAUUAAACACUCAGAUCUGUUGAUCCACGUUAGAGAUGUCAGUCAUCCAGAGACAGAGAAUCAGAAGAUGAAUGUCCUGAAUGUCCUGAAGAACCUGGAGGUCCCUGACAGACUGAUGAGCUCCAUCAUUGAAGUUCACAACAAAACAGACCUCAUUCAGGAUUAUCAGUGCACUGACUCCUCAGCACUUCCUGUCUCUGCUCUGUGGGGGCGUGGCCUGGAGACACUGAAGACGGCGGUGGAGGCUGAGGUGGUGAAUUUGGCGAAAAGUCGCUGGUUGAAUAUUCCCGUGGAUCUCAGCACUCCACAGUUAAGCUGGCUGUACAGAGAGGGCGCUGUCCAAGACGUUCAGGUCAACGCCGACGCUGGCACGGCCGUCGUUAAAGUGCUCAUCAGUGAGGCAGCCUACGGAAGAUACCGGAAACUCUUUGGAUAGGGUGUGGGUGUGUGUCUGUGUGUGUAUUAUGGUGACCCUCAGCUCCUGAGACAGGUCACAUGACCUCUCCGCGGUCUCUGCAUCAUGACUUUGUGUAGAAACACACUGCCCAGAGAAAUGUAGGGGGCGCUGUCCAUACAAGCUAUGUCAACAUGAGGAAAGUAAAAAUGUUAAUCUUCAUCAUCAUCAUCAUCAUCAUCAUCAUUAUAUCACUGAGUUUCCAGGUGUUAAAAUGAACAUCAACCAAAGAGAUUCAAACACCAGUGACUCUGACGUGUACAAUGACGUGUACAAUGAUCAUAUGUAACGAUAAUAAAAUAUAAUCAUCUGAAACAA